UUUCUGGAAUUUCGAUAAUGUUCGUUCUUCUUAUUAUUCUCUCUAUCAUUCUGGCUCAAGUCACUGAUGCUCAUUCAGAGCUUCACGUUCGUAGGGUGUGCGGAACUGCUAUCAUAAAGAACAUAAUGCGAUUGUGCCCAGGGGUACCGGCUUGCGAAAAUGGAGAAGUUCCAAGUCCAACCGAGUACUGUUCAAUGGGGUACUCAGACAGCCAGGUAAAAUACCUAUGCUGUCCAACUUCUCAGUGAUCUUCCGCCAUUCUAUGCUGCACUCGUCCACAUAUGCAACUUCGAAAAUUUCCAGAAAUCUUAAAUGUUAUCUCAAAUGUAUAUAAUCAUCCCUCCAUUUUAAAAUAUGAUAGCUAACCGUUCAAUAAACCUUGUUGAUCAAAAA